AACUUAUCCGAGCAAGACUGAGUUGUGUGUGUAAGUGGUAAAAGAGUCCAUGUCGUUGCUGCUGCGACCUCAACCUUCCACACGGCUCUCUCCGGUGGCUGCCGCUGCCUCUGUUCCUCUUAUACCCGUUGCUUCCGUCGCGCCUCCACGGAAGAGAACGCCAACUCCAAAACCCAAUAUUUCUGUCUCUCCACCAACAGCAACGAAUGCAGUCCCUCUCAAGAAGGUUCUGGUUCCCAUCGGUUACGGAACAGAAGAAAUGGAAACCGUUAUCCUCAUUCACGUCCUGCGCCGUGCCGGAGCUCACGUGACCGUGGCUUCCGUGGAGCCGCAGCUUCAAGUUGAAGCCGCCGGGGGUACCAAAUUGGUGGCUGACACCUCCAUCUCCGACUGUUUCGGUCAAAUUUUUGAUCUUGUCGCUUUGCCGGGAGGAAUGCCUGGCUCAGCAAGAUUAAGGGAUUGCGAUAUGUUGAGAAAAAUCACGUGCAAACAAGCUGAGCAAAAGAGGCUUUAUGGUGCUAUUUGUGCUGCUCCGGCGAUCACCCUUUUGCCAUGGGGUCUUUUGAAGAGAAAGAAGACGACUUGUCACCCUGCAUUCUUCGACAGGCUUCCAACCUUUUGGGCAGUUAAAACAAACAUUCAAGUUUCCGGAGAGCUUACAACCAGCCGUGGCCCUGGAACUACUUAUCUGUUUGCUUUAUCCUUGGCUGAGCAGCUAUUUGGGGAGUCUGUUGCCUUGGAGGUUGCGGAAUUGUUGUUGAUGAGAACAGCUGAUGACGAUUAUGCAGCCAAGGAGGAGUUCAAUGAAGUUGAGUGGUCUGUUAGCCACCAUGCCCCUAGUGUUCUAAUACCAAUUGCACAUGGUUCUGAAGAGAUUGAAGCAGUGACUGUGAUAGAUAUUCUAAGGCGAGCUAAAGCUAAUGUCAUUGUUGCUUCUGUUGAAAAAACUCUUGAAGUUUUGGCUUCUCAAGGAACCAAAAUUGUUGCUGAUAUAUUAAUUAGUGAUGCUCAAGAGUUAGCACAUGAUUUGAUUAUUCUUCCGGGAGGAACUGCUGGAGCCCAAAGGCUAAGCAAAUCUAAAAUUCUAAAGAAGCUUCUCAAAGAACAAAAUUCAGCUGGAAGAGCGUAUGGGGCUGUCUGCUCGUCACUUGCCAUUCUACAUAGACAAGGUUUACUAAAGGACAAGAGAGCCACAGCUCAUCCCCCUGUCUUGGACAAGGCUAAAGACGAAGCAAUAAAUGGUGCCAAAGUUGUUAUUGAUGGUAAACUGAUCACUGGUGAGGGACUUGCCACUGUAACAGAUUUUGCAUUGGCUAUUGUGAGCAAGCUAUUUGGUAAUGGAAGAGCAAGAAGUGUAGCAGAAGGCCUUGUUUUUGAGUAUCCUAGGAAUUAGAGUAUGUGGUUUGAAGUACUUGUAGGUGGGGAAAAAAGUUAUAGCUAGUCUAAGAGAUGAGAAGUUUAUGUACAUUUUCCCAAUCCAUGCCUUGCAAACAGCUCCAUAUUAUGAUAAGCUAAGCUGCAGUUUUUGCAGGCAAAUUUUUUAUCAACUUGCACCCAGCUCUGUUGUCAAUAUUUCAAUAUCUCGUGGGCAAAAUCUACCAUCAUAACCCAAGCUUGAUUUCCUUGGCAGUCGGUAUCAGUUGUUGUCCCCUUUUGGGCCAUUUGCAUAUUUGGAUGGUAGCAAAUAGUAAUCACCAUGUCCUCUGAGUCUCAUAUCUCGUGGGGAUGUUGAUCAGGGAAGGCCAUUGGCAUUGACUGAGAGGGGAACUUGUUGGCUUUCGCAAUGUGUACCGAAGAGUGAAUUACUAAGUUAAAACAGAUUGAACAUUCUAAUGUAUUCUUUUUAAGAAGUAUA